UCCCUCUCCUGCAGCGGCCUCGGUUUCCUCGCCGCCUCACCCCCAUUGGCCGUGGCCCUCCAGCCUGCCCCCACCUCCGCCCCCCUUCGAGCCUCAGGCUGCUGCCUGCGGUUCCCAGAACGUGCUAGGCCAGUCCUGAACGCCCCUGGGCAGGGCGCGCCUAGCCAGCUCCACCUGGGCACCCCCAGGGGUCCCAGCAGGUUCGCCAGAAAACUCCCCAACAAAUAGCAUGUUUGAAGAAAGGAUGCUGCUGAAGAAGUGAAAGAAAUCAGGGAACAAAUUAGAAAGGAUUUUUUAAAAAAUGUCCCAUUCAGAACUACUUGGAAACCAAGAAAAUCCAGUAACAGCACAUUUCUCUCCUGAAAAAGAAAAGGAUGAAAGUACUACUGACUUAGGAGGAAAAAACCUUGAGGAAAAUCCUGAAAAUGAUGCUGACAAAAAGACCCAACCACAUCCAGCAAGCCAUCCUGAUGUUACAGUGACUCCUAAAACUUCUGAUCUAAAUGAAAAAGAUAUCCUCCGAGGAUCUCAAGAAGAUAUUGACAACAAAGACAUUGACAACAAAGACUUUGACAACAAAGAUAUUGAUAAUAAAGACAUUGACAAUACAGCCAUAGUUGAGGAAUUACCAAUUGAUAAACCAGAAGAAGUGAUCACCUCUCUACCAGAUGAAGAAGCAAGGUAUGUUAUGAGCUAUGAUUAUGGUGAGGAUGAAGAAGAGGAGGAGGAGGAGGAGGAGGAGGAAGAGAAAACAAUAAUAGAGGUUGCUCCACAAACUUCUGAAGACUACAGUGAAAAAGGAUUACUAUUUGAGAGCUACAUAGAAAACAAAAACUUCAGAGUUAGGCUGAAUUCCAAGAAUUUGCAGAAAUUUCCCAAAGGCCUUUUAAAAACUCAGGAUGUAAAAUAUCUCUAUUUAGAUAAAAACAAAAUAAAAACUUUUCAAGUGGAGCCAAAUAUGGCAGGUCUUGAAGUAUUGUCCAUGAAAGAAAAUGAAUUAAUAGCACUACCACCAGAAAUUAUAUUGCUCUGUAAUCUAAUUGUGUUGAAUGUCAGCCACAACUACAUAGCCUCCCUCCCAGCAGAAAUAUCACAGCUUGUGUGUCUAAGGCAACUUUUCUUGGAUAAUAAUAAUUUUUUGGAAUUUCCUAAAAUACUAGGAAGUCUUGAAAAGUUGGAAUUUUUAAGCUUGUCUGGAAAUAGCCUAAAAGGUCUACCAGAAACAAUGGCCAAUAUGACAAAUUUAGAGGUCCUCAAUCUCAGCUCAAAUCAGUUUUCAAUAUUUCCUAACAUCAUUUGCCACCUUCUAAAGUUAAUUAAGCUAAGUGUCUCAAAAAAUCUCAUAAGCAGUUUGCCAAAAGAAAUCAGACAGCUAAAGAAUUUGGAAGAAUUUUUCCUGGACCACAAUAAACUGACAUUUUUACCUGUGCAAAUCUUUCGGUUGCUGAAACUAAAAAGGCUCCAUCUGGUUGAUAAUAAACUGGAAUAUCUUUCCCACAACAUUGAGAACUUCAAAGAACUCAAGGUCCUCCAACUUGACAAAAAUUUAUUGAAACAGCUAAAUAAAGAAAUGUAUUCCUGUGCUAAGCUAGAAUAUCUUAGCCUUAGUGACAAUGACUUAGAAAUAAUUCCUGCUAACAUUCACAGACUUACAAACCUGAGAGCACUCAACAUCAACCGUAAUAAAAUGGUGGCCCUUAAUGAAGACAUCUCCCAUCUGAAAUAUCUCAAGGCGUUAGAAUUUUCUGGAAAUGCAAUCAAAGACAUUCCGAUUGAAAUAAAAAAUUGCCAUCAGAUAAGGAAAGUGGACUUCAGCUUUAAUAAACUAAGUGAUUUCCCAGUAGGCCUUUGUGCUCUGAACUUUCUUGAGCAUUUGAACCUUAAUGGAAAUGAGCUUUCAGAAAUACCUGUUGACCUCUCAUUUAGUAGACAACUAGUUCACUUAGAAUUAAAUCAAAACAAUUUAUCUUCCUUUUCUGACUACAUAUGUAGACUUAUAAACCUCAGUUACUUAGAUCUUAGUAAGAACAAAAUACUUCAGAUUCCACUGUCUAUCUCUGAUAUGGCUUCUCUCCGGGUGCUUAUUUUAAGUGACAAUGUAUUUGAAAAUUUCCCCAAAGAACUGUGCACUUUAGAAAACCUACAGACACUUGAUCUUUCCGAAAACCAAAUACAGUAUGUCCCUUCUGAAAUCAGUAACCUACAAGUGAUCCAAUACUUGGACUUAUCAAGCAACAGAUUUGAAUGUUUUCCGAUUGAAUUGUGUCAGCUAUCUACCCUGAAGGAGUUGAAGUUAUGCCAGAAGAAUGGAUGGAAGUUAACACAACUCUCAGGUGAACUGUCUAAUUUGACUCAGCUUGAAAUCCUUGAUAUCUCACAUAACAAUAUAAAAGAACUUCCAAAGAAUAUAGGAGAAUUAAAAAGUUUGGUCAGUUUCUACGCCAGUAACAACUUGAUAAAUGCUCUUCCACUGUCUUUUGAAUCUUUGAACAAGCUCCAGCAUUUGAACAUGAGUGGAAAUCGUCUGACAACAUUGCCUAAUAGUCUCAAUAAUCUUUCGUCACUGAGGGAAAUAAAUUUUGAUGACAAUCCUUUGAUUAAGCCUCCACCUGAAAUCUGUAAAGGGAAGAUAUUAAAUGUUAUUGGACAUUAUCUACAGAAAGCUGAGGACAGAGAUGAGAAAAUACUGCAGAAGUUGUUGAGGACAGUGUCUCGCAGUCUAUCCGGAGCUCACUUUGAGUUUUUCUGCGAAAAGCUACAAAUAAAGAAGCCAGUGAUUGACGUGCUAAUGAAGAAGAUCGGUACUAAAUUGGAAGAAGCCAUUCUUGAGGCACUCAACAUAUGGAGAGUAGAAAAAGAUCCACCACUAAAUCCUGCUGUAUUGCGAGACCAACUUAUAAGAAUAAUAACUAUAACAGGGAUACAAGAACUGAUUGAUAAAGUCACAGCUCUAAAGCUUUGUACCCAGUUAUUCAAAUUAUAAACACUCUAUAGAAAUAAAAUGAUAGCUUAUGAAACAUUUGUCUCAUUGGGUCUAUAAAUUUGAAUAUUUUCACUGUAACUUUAUUUUAGA